AUGGUUGGAACUAUCAAUGAAUUUGGGGUACAAAUGGAGGUUCAAGAUGAAAAGGCUUACCUUGGUGCUCGAAUUGCUACGCUUAAAAUUCUGAGCAAGAUAUUAGAAUCACAAAAGUACGAUCAGGAGGUAACAUUCAUCAAGGCACGAAUGGAAUCUAGUGAAACCAUGCUUGGUUGGGAAAUUCACACAGAUGGAAGUUUGAAAUAUCAAGGUCAAAUGUUUGUGCUAAGCGACGACUCACUAAGAGAAAAUGUACUUAAGGAAUUCCACCAUUCAGUGAGAAAGGUGACAUACCGUUUAGCACUACCACCACAGCUUGCAGCAGUGUACAAUGUUUUUCACAUCUCAAUGUUACGAAAGUAUGAGCCACACCCUUCCCAUGUUAUCAACUGGGGAGAUAUUGAUCUCAAUGAAGAUGCAAACUUUGAGAAAAGGCCUAUAAAGAUUAUGGAUCGACGAGAAAAGGACUUGGAGGCAAAGUUAUCCACUUGGUGCAAGUGUUAUGGCAGCAUCAAGGAGUGGAGUAGUCUACUUGGGAAAGAGAGGAUGCAAUAUGAGGCAACUACCCUUAUUUGUUUGAAGAUAAAGCCACAGCAGGGAUCACCUAUGGUGAAGUUCCAAGCCAAGCUCAAAAGGCUUAAGCUUAUUCUUAGGCAGCUCAACAAAGAUCAUUGUUCCAACAUCUCAACUAGAGUGGUGGAGGCAAGGCAUCCCACAUUCUUUGAUGAUAUCACUGCACGUUUGCUUCCAGUCAUCCCCUUAAUCAUCUAUAGACUUAUUGAAAAUGAUGCCACGGACUUCGCUGACAGAGUUCUGCAGUUGUUUUCCACAUUUCUUCACUAUUACCCCCUAAAUUUUACAUUUGUUCAUGAUAUACUUUCAUAUUUCUAUGGUCAUCUUCCAGGAAAGCUUAUUCUCCGAAUACUGAAUGUACUGGAUCUUAAAAAGAUCCCAUUUUCUGAGUCAUUUCCCCAGCAUAUUAAUUCAUCAAAUGCUGCAAAUUGCCCGCCAUUGGACUACUUUGCAACGCUUUUAUUAGGUAUUGUGAAUAAUGUUAUUCCUCCUUUAAAUAAUAGCUCAAAAACUGUCUCACUGGGGGAUGCUUCAAGUAAUUCCCUCCGUACACACAAGAAUUCAGCGACUUCUCAGCCCGGACCAACAAAUGCUUCCGAAGGCCAGAAAGCAUUCUAUCAAAUCCAAGAUCCAGGGACACAUACUCAGCUGAUGCUUGAAACAGCAGUCAUAGAAAUACUCUCUCUUCCUGUAUCUGCAUCCCAGAUUGUAUCAUCACUAGUUCAAAUUGUUGUGCACAUACAACCAACACUAAUCCAAUCUAGCAAUUGCAUUCAGUUUUUAACUCAGAUUUUAACUAUUAAUAAUCAAGGGACAGAAAUAUUAAAGGAUGGCGUCUUCCUUGAACCAAAUUGGAAUUUCACCACUCCUGAGAUGUAUCCCACAUUCUUUGAUGAUAUCACUGCACGUUUGCUUCCAGUCAUCCCCUUAAUCAUCUAUAGACUUAUUGAAAAUGAUGCCACAGACUUUGCUGACAGAGUUCUGCAGUUGUUUUCCACAUUUCUUCACUAUUACCCCCUAAAUUUUACAUUUGUUCGUGAUAUACUUGCAUAUUUCUAUGGUCAUCUUCCGGGAAAGCUUAUUCUCCGAAUACUGAAUGUACUGGAUCUUAAAAAGCAUAUUAACUCAUCAAAUGCUGCCAUUUGCCCACCAUUGGACUACCUUGCAACUCUUUUAUUAGGUAUUGUGAAUAAUGUCAUUCCUCCUUUAAAUAAUAGCUCAAAAACUGUCUCACUGGGGGAUGCUUCAAGUAAUUCCCUCCGUGCACGCAAGAAUUCAGCGACUUCUCAGCCCGGACCAACAAAUGCUUCCGAAGGCCAGAAAGCAUUCUAUCAAAUCCAAGAUCCAGGGACACAUACUCAGCUGAUGCUUGAAACAGCAGUCAUAGAAAUAUUCUCUCUUCCUGUAUCUGCGUCCCAGAUUGUAUCAUCACUAGUUCAAAUUGUUGUGCACAUACAACCAACACUAAUCCAAUCUAGCAAUGGUCUGGAUGGUGCUCCUAAUGGUGUUGGGCAAGGUUCUGUUUUACCAACUUCCCCUUCAGGAGGAAGCACUGAUUCCUUGAACGCAAGUAGACCAACUCCUUCUGUCUCAGGAAUUAACACCUCUAACUUUGUUUCCCGAAGUGGCUAUACAUGCCAGCAGUUGUCUUGUUUGCUCAUCCAAGCUUGCGGUCUUUUAUUGGCUCAACUCCCUACAGAUUUUCACAUACAACUCUAUAUGGAGGCAUCGCGUCUAAUAAAAGAGAGUUGGUGGCUUACUGAUGGGAAGAGGUCAUUUGGAGAACUAGACUCUGCUGUUGGUUAUGCUUUGCUUGAUCCAACAUGGGCUGCCCAAGAUAAUACCUCAACAGCCAUUGGUAUGUGCUUGAUAACUUUGGUUUUGUAUUGAUAAAUUUUACCCAUG